CCUGAAUAUCCCCCGACCGCAACGCCGCCGGUCUCCCUCCCUCGCUCCAUCCCUCGAGGCCCCUCGUUCUCCUCCCCGGCCCCGGAUCCUCGGCCGCGCCGCCGCUCCUCUCCCUGGGCCAUCCAGCGGAGCGGAGAUCCGUCCGUCGGGGGCGCGGAUUCGGUCCCUUCCCUUCUCGGCGGUUACUCCCACAGUGAGGGUAACUUGAAUAACUGUGAGAUGUGUGGUGUGCUGUCUCUUUAGCUUGGUGAUCAUCUGAAAAAAAAGGAAGUACUGUUUAAAUCAAACCAUUGGUUCAUGAAUGGUUUAGUCAUGCUAAGGAAAACGAAGUCCUGAUAACACAUACGGUGCAUGUGCUAGCUUCAGUAUGAUUGAAAACGGUGGCAUUAUUGACCUGAGUUCGGAUAGUGAUGAUGACUCGAUUUUUGGUGAUGACCACCAGCCAGCAUCUGCAAUCACAAGGUUUGAUCAAAAUGCUGAAGGACGUAUAAUCAAUUUUGAGGAUGAAGAUUGGCAGAGGAGCGCUCCUGGUCCGUCAUCGGCUAGGCCUGUUGAGAACAACAAUGGUCAAUACAGGAUUCUUCCAGCAUCCCUUACAAAUGGUAGAAAUGCUGAGACUACUCGCUAUACAUUUGGUUCAGGGGACAGGAUUCAUCCCCAUCCAAUGCGACAGGGCCUUUCUACUUCCAGUAGAAUUGAUAGCAGUUCAACAGCAGAUGCAAAUGACAAUAACAAGAGGGUCCUUCCACCAUCCUUUUCAAAUGGCAACACAUCAAAAUCUAUGCAUCUAAUUGCUGCUAGUGAGACACGCAAGCUUCCACCGCACUUUUCCACUAAAAGGUCACCAAAUGUUGGUGAAAACAGAAUGGGGACAAAUAUUGCCAAUGGAAAUUUACAGCCUUCAUCUUCAAUAAUUGCAAGAGGAAGUUCUAGCACACUUAAUACCCAGAAAGUGGAUGGUGAUGAUGAUGUUAUUGUAUAUGGAAGUUCUACUUCUACCUCACAUAGGGUACUACCUCCAAUGGUUGGAGCAACCAGUUCUAAUAACAGUGAAGUUGCUAAUGGCUUUGAGACACGCAGUCGCCUUAAUCCUGAAAAUAGGGCUUUAGAUUAUGAUGAGAGAGCAGUAUAUCAAGAAGCUCUGCAGAAUAUCAGUCGUGAAAAAAGGGAAGAUGAUCUGCCCGAGGGUGUGCUAGCAGUACCUCUCCUUAAGCAUCAGAAAAUGGCGUUGGCUUGGAUGGUUUCAAAGGAGAAUAGCUCACAUUGUGCAGGCGGAAUUCUCGCUGAUGAUCAGGGCCUAGGGAAGACAGUGUCCACUAUUGCCCUUAUACAAAAACAAAGGAAUGAACAGUCAAAAUUUAUGUCUGUUGAUUCAGAUCGUUUGAAAUCUGAAGCACUAAACCUUGAUGAAGAUGAUGAGGGAGAACAAACUGUUAGCAAUGAACCUAACAAGGACCAAGGUGCUAGUUCAUCAUCAACAGCUGCUGGUACUAGUGCUGAACUUUGUGUUAAUCAACCAAAUAGUAUUCUGAAUAAAAUGGUUGAAACCAAAGCAGAACGCAAGAAAAAAGCUAAAGCUUCCACAUCAUCUGCAUCCACCUCACGUUCCAUGACAAGGCCAGCUGCAGGUACUCUAGUAGUGUGCCCUGCUAGUGUUCUUAAGCAGUGGGCUAACGAAUUAACUGACAAGGUUAGCGAAAGUGCUAAAUUAUCUGUUUUAGUCUACCAUGGUGGCGCAAGGACCAAAGAUCCAAGUGAGCUAGCAAAAUAUGAUGUAGUUGUCACUACAUAUACAAUUGUGGCCAAUGAAGUACCUAAACAGAUGGCUGACGAUGACGCAGAUCAAAAGAACAGUGAAGAACCCUCUGCUGGCAAUAAAAGAAAGCCACCAGCAAAUAUGCAAAACAAGGCUAAGAAAAAGAAGAAGAAACUUAAGGGCUCAAACUUUGACCUUGACAGUGGUCCAAUUGCAAGAGUGCGGUGGUUUAGGGUUGUGCUUGAUGAAGCUCAGACAAUAAAAAACUUCCGAACUGUAGUGGCCAGAGCCUGUUGUGGGCUAAGAGCAAAACGGAGAUGGUGCUUAUCAGGAACACCUAUACAAAAUGCAAUUGAUGAGCUGUACAGCUAUUUCCGUUUCUUGAAAUAUGAUCCAUAUUCCACGUAUAACUCAUUUUGCUCAAUGAUUAAGCACCCAAUUGCUAGAGAUGCAAUUCAUGGAUACAAGAAACUUCAGGCUGUGCUGAGGGUAGUUCUCCUGCGUCGUACAAAAGAAACUCUGAUUAAUGGCAAACCAAUAAUAAAUUUACCUCCGAAGACAAUUAAUCUGAAAAAAGUAGAUUUCACACAAGAGGAACGGUCUUUUUAUUUGACGCUGGAAGAACGCUCUCGGCAACGAUUCAAGGCAUUUGCUGCAGCUGGGACACUCAAACAAAACUAUGCCAACAUCCUUUUAAUGUUGUUGCGGCUUCGGCAAGCCUGUGAUCAUCCUAUUCUUGUGAAGGGCAAUCAGUCAGAAUAUGGAGGUGAUGGUUCUAUAGAAAUGGCAAAGAAACUUCCUAAGGAAGUGGUGAUAGAUUUGCUUGCAAAACUGGAAGUGGGGUCAGCCUGUAGCUUAUGUGAUGACACACCUGAGGAUGCUAUUGUGACAAUUUGUGGUCAUGUUUUCUGCUAUCAAUGUAUACAUGAACGAAUAACGACUGAUGAGACUAUGUGCCCUGCCCCUAAUUGCAGUAGAACAUUAGGUUUUGAGUUGUUAUUUUCGUCAGGAGCUUUAAAGAUUUCCAUCUCUGGCGAAUCCAGUUCUGCAGGAGCUAGUUCAUCUGCAGAUAACGAGUCAUCUUCAAUCAGUCAAAUCAGCUUUGUCUCAUCCAAGAUACAAGCAGCCAUUGAUAUACUGAAUUCAAUCAUUAACUUGAAUGCCCUUACUGAAAGUGAUACAAUGGAAUCAAACCGAAGUGGAGUAGCCCCUGUGAAAGCCAUUGUCUUUUCCCAGUGGACUGGCAUGUUGGAUUUGCUGGAGAAUUCACUGAAUACCAAUCUUAUACAGUACAGGAGACUAGAUGGAACAAUGUCUCUCAAUUUAAGAGAUAAGGCUGUGAAGGAUUUUAACACUGACCCAGAGGUUAGAGUUAUGAUUAUGUCACUGAAAGCUGGUAAUCUUGGUCUCAACAUGGUUGCUGCUUGCCAUGUAAUUCUCCUUGAUCUCUGGUGGAACCCUUAUGCUGAGGACCAGGCAAUUGAUAGGGCACACAGGAUUGGGCAGACUAGGCCUGUUACUGUAUCACGCUUGACCGUUAAAGAUACUGUGGAAGAUCGUAUUUUAGCUCUGCAGGAGGAAAAGAGAGCCAUGGUGAACUCUGCUUUUGGUGAAGACAAAUCUGGUGGCCACGCGACCCGGCUCACCGUCGAAGACCUGCGGUACCUAUUUAGGAUAUGAUCGGUGAGGGAACCCUCAAUGCCUCGGGUCAACUUGCCAGGGCACGAUGCGUUGUACUAGCUUGUAUAAUCUUAUAAUCCGGCAAAAGCUGUGUACCGUUGUGUGAGCCGAGGCCCAUAUGGGCCCAUCUCCUCGCACGCCUUGCUGCAGCCCCAGUUUUGGUGGUGCUCAGAUUGCUAGAUGUGUAAUGUAGGGCUAGAUAGCAUGUGUAAUAUAACCCCCCCAACCCACCCCGCCUGGGCAUGGAGGAGAGUUCCGCGGUGCCUCUGCUAUAUGCUUUUCUCCCCUGUGAGGAGUCAGCCUAAUGUAUAUUCAUAUUCAGUUAUUCACCAUGUAUGCUGGUGACUUGCAAUGAGUUGUUUUUAGCUCGAGAUGUGGAACUCAGAUAUGCCACAGUGGUCGUGCUCUGUGGGUCCUGUCUGUCA